UGACUCAGGCUCCGUGCUCUCAUGAGUAUCAGGAUCAUGGUGUCAUUUAUCAAGAGUAUUUGGUUUAGGGAAGUGGCAUAGUGAUACAUUAAAGCUUGGAUCUUAUUAUCAUUAGACAAAUAACUUACAGCUUUGCCACUUUCCAAUUGUGACAUAAGAUGGUUAGGAUUCAAGACAUAUACACGCGAGGGAGAGAAGGAAUGGGGGGGAAGGGCUGAGAGCAAGAGGUGUGGAGACAGAGACAAGGCACAAAGAGGGUAAAGAAGAGAUGUACAGACUGAGAUGGAAAAAGGGAGAAGGAAGAGAGAGAAAGUAUUUGAGUUAAGAUGGGCAAGAGAUUUGGACCAUGAGGAAGCCAGACAGGGCCUGGAAGAGAAGGGAGAGAGGAGUAACCACAGAGAGACAGGCCGAGAAAGCUCAGAAUUUCUGGCAUGAAUGGGUUGGUUAAUUCAAAUUUCCAGUUCACUUGGGGUAGGCUCACCAUUGUAAGGUAGUAAUUUUUAAGAGCAUCUUGGAAGAUUUAUUUGCUGGAGGAGGUUAAUUACUGUCACAGCUUCUCUGGUCGGGCUGCAGCCACAGUGGUCCUUCUGUAGGUGAAUUACACCCCCCCCCCCCCGGGGACGUCCCCUCACCUGUCUCGCCAAAGGCAGACCCUCUUUUCGCCUUCUCGUCAUGACUUGUUUAACUCUUGGAUUGUUUUGUCCCUGGGAUCUGAGGCCUUUGUCAGAUAAGCUGAAGAAGAAUGUUUUGCCUUCCAUCCCGGUUCCUCACAGAUCAUGACAACAGCCAAGGUGCACUCAGACAGGAACUUUGGUAAGUCUCAACCCAGCUCGUGAAUUUCUGGUGCCCAUUUUACAGGUGGGAGCACAGAGGUUUGGCCCCUGUCUGAUCACGUGCUCGAGGUCACCAGUGGACGGAGCUAGAACAGGCUACCUCCAGCUCAGGGAAGCGAAGAGCCAAAGGGCCGACUGAACAAACAUUGGCAGGAUGCCUUACGAAGAUUUCAGGCCACCGAAACGCUGCCUCCGGAAAACUUGGGAGCCCUCUGUCUCAGGGACGAGGGAGCUCGCUCCGAGCCCUGCUCCCAAACUAACCGUGCCCCGGGCAGAGUCAGAGGCAUGAGAAGGAAGACCUUGUGGGCACUGCAGUCCGACUCACCCAUGCGUGUUUCCUGUAAUGGACGAACUUGAUGCGAAUGUGAGUUCCAAGGAGGGUUUUGGGUCGGUGGAGAAGGUCGUGCUGCUCACGUUUCUCUCGGCGGUUAUCCUGAUGGCCAUCCUGGGGAACCUGCUGGUGAUGGUGGCUGUGUGCAGGGACAGGCAGCUCAGGAAGAUAAAGACCAAUUAUUUCAUCGUAUCCCUCGCCUUUGCGGAUCUGCUGGUCUCGGUGCUGGUGAUGCCCUUUGGUGCCAUCGAGCUGGUUCAGGACAUCUGGAUUUAUGGGGAGAUGUUUUGCCUGGUCCGGACAUCACUAGACGUCCUGCUCACGACGGCGUCGAUUUUUCACCUGUGCUGCAUUUCUCUGGACAGGUAUUAUGCCAUCUGCUGCCAGCCUCUGGUCUAUAGGAACAAGAUGACCCCUCUGCGCAUCGCGUUAAUGCUGGGAGGCUGCUGGGUCAUCCCCACGUUUAUCUCUUUUCUCCCUAUAAUGCAAGGCUGGAAUAAUAUUGGCAUAAUUGAUCUGGAAAGGAUAUCCAAGCCAAGGCUGGGCCAGGAUUUGCAUGUGAUAGAAAAAAGGAAGUUCAACCAGAACUCUAACUCUACGUAUUGUAUCUUCAUGGUCAACAAGCCCUAUGCCAUCACCUGCUCUGUGGUGGCCUUCUACAUCCCGUUUCUCCUCAUGGUGCUGGCCUAUUAUCGCAUCUACGUCACAGCGAAGGAACAUGCCCACCAGAUCCAGAUGUUACAACGGGCAGGGGCCCCCUCAGAGGGCAGGCCCCAGCCGGCCGACCAGCACAGCACUCAUCGCAUGAGGACAGAGACCAAAGCCGCCAAGACCCUGUGCAUCAUCAUGGGCUGUUUCUGCCUCUGCUGGGCUCCAUUCUUUGUCACCAAUAUUGUGGAUCCAUUCAUAGACUACACUGUUCCCGGGCAGGUGUGGACCGCUUUCCUCUGGCUCGGCUACAUCAAUUCUGGGUUGAACCCCUUUCUCUACGCCUUCUUGAAUAAGUCUUUUAGACGUGCCUUCCUCAUCAUCCUCUGCUGUGAUGAUGAGCGCUACCGAAGACCCUCCAUUCUGGGCCAGGCUGUGCCCUGUUCAACCACAACCAUUAAUGGAUCCACACAUGUGCUAAGGGAUGCGGUGGAGUGUGGUGGCCAAUGGGAGAGUCACUGUCACCCUCCAGCAACUUCUUCCUUGGUGGCUGCUCAGCCCAGUGACACUUAGGCCCCGGGGCAGUGACUCAGAAGACAGCGAUCCCUCGGAGAAAGGGCAGAUUCUAAACUGCUGCUUGUGUGGGACUGCACCUGCCAUUCUCUCCACCGUGUCUUACGCCAGGCAGCCCAUGGCCACCAGGGAUUUCCUCUGGGGCUUCAGCAGGUGGCGCUGGAGGGAGUCAGGGGACAGGACAACCUCCUUGUUGCCUGGGGUUUCUCCUCCAGAGAUCCCCUGUGAAGGGAUUUUUUUUUUUCAUUCCCCAGCACUCCCUCUUCCUGGCGUCUCGCCCGUGCCUCACACUCUCUGUUGUCCCCAGUAUGUCCCCUUACUGUUCCUGGUCUGUCUCUCUCAUGUUCCAAACACGAUCGCUCGCUGUGUCCUAUCUCAGUCAUAGAUGUCUCCAAAUAAGCCUUCUUUGCUGUGUCUGCUCGCAGACGUUGUCAGAACACAUCCUCCCCACGCCUGUCUUGGUCAGAGCCAUGUUCCAAAAGCACGCGUUACUUGCUUGUUCACAUCUGUUACGGCCACGUUCAAAGUGCUUGCUGUCUCUUCCCCGUCCUGUGCUGUGCCAGAUACCAAUACACUUUCCUUCCGGUGUCUGGGUCCAAGUGUGCAUCCUUCUGGCCAGCCCCCAUGUCAGCUGCAGACUUCCCCUCCCUCUUCCUUAAGUCCAGUGUCCAUUUAUGUACUGUGGAAAAGACGGGAGCAGAGGGCUCUCAAAGGAGAACGGUCUCUGUGGCACCCUUGCAGCUUGGCCGAAGAUGGCUUCCCCCUGUGCCGUAGCCUCGGGCCCUGCAGCUCUGAGAUGCUUGCUUCCCUCUUGGACUAGAACCGGGCAUCUUCUUCUAAAGAGCCUUGUGUAGGGCCGCCAACAUCGCAGUGUGUAUUAAAGACUUUGGAAUCUUUCCCAUAGACUUGUGGCGAAGCCCACGGUAGCAGCUCAAAAGCCUUGAAUCUGGCCUUGUUGCUCCCAGAGAAGACUGUGGGCAGCUCGCACUGCACAGGAGCGACACUCACCGCAGCUCCCCAAGUGCAGGAGGGCAGGACUGAGCAGUGCUGGGGUGGGAAAAGAGUGCUUGACUUGGAACCAGGGACCCCAGUUCCAGCCCUGGCUCUGCUCCUAACACGCUGUGAGAUCUUGACCCCCGCCCUUCCAUUCCCGGGCCUCACUUUCUACGACCGUGAACUGAAGUUUGAACUCGGGGAUCGCCAAGAUCCCUCUCCAUUUCUAGGACCACAGGAUGCUGCUACAGCCAUCAGCUACCUCGAAAAGCCAUGGCUUGCCUGCCUUUUGACUCUGUUUCAAAGGAGCUACCCUCCUCAUCUGGGCCUUCUAGACCCAUGGUCUUGCCAACUUUGCCCUUCAGAUUAACCUGGAUGUCUUUUCUUCAAAGCUGAGUCCUUGGCUCUUGCCAACUGCCCCAGAGGAAAGGUCCCAGGGCAAUAAACCCAACUGUGUCAUAUGAGCCGUGUGAGGUUUUAACAUUGAUCUUGGCUGUGAUUUGAUAGCACCCCAGGACUUUAUCCUACACGUUGAUCCUGCUGCUUAAGACGUGUCAGUUAUCAUUUCCAUUGAUGUUGACUUUAGUUCUGGAAUUGAACCAGACAAGAAAGAGCCUGGAAUAAGGAAGACAAAGAGACUGGAAUAAGGAAUAAUGAAGAGAAUAAGGAAGAGAAGAUUUCCCCCAAACCACCCAGAUGCCAAAAAAAAAAAAAAAAAUAUUUCUCUGUCCGGUGAAGGCUUAUAUCGGGGAGAAAGUCUUGCCUUAGGGAAAGGGAAAACACAUCUAAAGAGCAGCGUCCUUUAGAUAGAAUUCCUAAAUGCUGUUGAGAAAUAUCGCACCAAUGCUGAAAUGUUCCGUCUGUAGACCAGAACCCUCGCUGAUCAGUGGAGAUCAGAUUGAACUGGAGAUCUCGUCCCAUCCAGUAGGAAGACAUUUUAUGUAAAGUCAUAACUGGCACCUUGACUCUGGCCGGACCAACCCCCUUUCCUUUUUUAAGUCCCUGUUCUCUGCCGACUACAUUCAGGACUUGAGGGGCAACCACCCUCUUGAGGAUGCUGAUUUCUUACAAUACAAAGGAGGGAGCAGCAAGGUUCUGAGUCCCAAGGUCCCAAAGCCACGAUGAUAUAGCCAAAGUCUCUGCUCUGACUGCUGCGCGUGCUGCCCGUCGCCUCUGUGAGCACGGAUGUGUGGAUGGGUGUAGCUUAGAAGCGCCAUGGGCACUGAAUUGUUGCUGACUCGCCUCAACCUCGCUGGCCUCUGAAAGAAACUCUCUCGCCUGCUUCGCAACGUUGUUGUGGAGAUAAGUAAGAUCGUUUUUGUGGAAACAUUUCAUACGUCAUCAAAUGCCAUUUUGUAUGUUCACGAUUCCUUUGGAUUACUUUGGAUGCUCCUGGGCUCUCAAGGACUAAGAAUUUCUUCAUCAAAAUGUGAACCAAUCUAGAGAAGGAGCUUCCUAUAUGGUGAAACACAAUAUCGAAGGAACACCUUUCGGGGGUUCUUCCUUCUGCGUCUAUCCCUCCUCCUUUGGUUACUGCACACACCCACACUGCAACCGUGUACAUUACAAGCACUUGAAGGAGUAUUGUUGUUCUCGAAGUGGAGGAGUCAGUGGAGAGGGAUGGUGACCACAGACUAAUUUUGGUAAAAAUGAGCCUCACUUUCAUGGAACCUCAAAGUCACAUGAAAUUAAAUUCAAAUGCCUUUUUGCCUUGAAAGCAUUCAUAUGGAGAAAAAAAAUGACCUGGGUCAUCGAAAUUAUCCCCAUCCUGUAAAUGCUAUUUAUACACGUAUAUAUAUAUAUAUAAAUUCUGUGAAAAUAAAAACCUCAAACAUGGACUGAUUAUGAAUGAGCAGCUGAAAAGACUGUUAUAUAAAGUAUAUACUGAGCUACUGAACCAGAUAACUGAGAUUUUAUUUCUAAUCUGAUAGUCUAUGUAAAUUAUUGUGAAUUAUGGUUUAAUGCUAUUUAGUAACCACCUAAAUUUUGUUUACAUUUUGAAGAAAGUAGAAUUACAAGUGGGGCCACUCUUACAGUUUAUAAUGCACUGAGUGGUCUGUGUAAUCAACAUGUAAUGUAUAUGUGGGCCUGUUAUAUAGAACAUGGAACUUAAUUUUAUAAUUUCAAAGGAUUAUAAAUUUUAAUGAUGGUUGUAUCUUUGGUUUUAUGAAAUUAUUAGUUAUACCUAUGAUUUAUUUGGACAAAAGCUUUGAAGGUACUGGGCUCCCUCUAAUCUGUUUCUAUGGAAAGCAUCAUCAACUUUAUGAGGAUCUACUCUUUGAUGCUGUUCCCAGGAAUGCAUUCUUGGAAAAACAGGAACCUACACAGACUUGUUUUUGUAAUAGAUAAAUUCUAUUUAUUAAUAAAUAUUGAUAAAUUACACAUAUGUUUAUACUUAUGCAUUCUGUACAUGUCUAGAUAAAGUAUACAUUGAGGGAAAUCUUAAGUCGCAAAACUAAUAACUGAAUUUUGAAUCUAUAAUAAAAUGCCGAAGUCAAUCCCAUGA